CAGUUCAAGAUGGCGGCUUCCGCUCGUUGCGCCAGUGCACUCUGUGAGAUCGUAGUGGACGGGAGCUGUCGAAUACGCCGAAGCCUCGAUUUUCUAGGCCGUUUGUAACACUCUAAAGGGAAAAAGGAAGGAUAAUAUAUAGUAGGAAGAAAGAAAAAAAAAAGGACAGUGCAUAUAAAAGACAUGGAAAGUGUGAGAGGCAUAAGCAUAAUAUACAACGCACUUUUGCGUUGCGUUACGCAGUCCAAUACGACGCAUCAUAUUCCGUGGUUGGCGUCCCGGGACAGGGACAGCCGUGCGGCACUGCCCCACCCAACCUCUUCGAGCCGGCCAUGCUGGGCGAACCGAUCAAUACUUCGGCUCGGCCACGAGGUAAACCGAGAGAAACCGACUUGAGACGACUAGAACCGAACGAAGACGAGUCCCAGCACGAGGCACGCCGAGUCCCCACCACGAGCAGCGUUGCCGGCUCAGUCGUUGUGCGGGAGUGGUCACUGAGGGAUGUGUGGUACCGUAACUGAGUGUGACUGAGGAAAAAGACCCGGCGUAGUUUCUCCGCGUAAUACGCUCUCGCUCUUUACCCCCCAGACAAAAAAAACUAGAAGUCUAGUCAAUUUUCGGCCCCCUUCCUAAUUUCGCGUGAAAUUACGGGAUACGCUGAUCGUAUAUUUAUUUAAGUAUUUAUUGUACAAAAAACUUUAACUAUAGACUGAUUCUCUUUAGAUUUCAAGAUUUCGAAAUGAAUUGAACGGAGUUUGCGCGCUAUUUGCGUACGAGAAAGAAAGGAGAAUGAUCGAUACGAAAAGGAAUGGAAAACGAUUCUGCGUAAAGUCAAAUGAAACCCAACAGAAUGUCUGUGGACAAAGAAGAAUUGGUACAGCGUGCAAAGCUUGCCGAGCAGGCAGAAAGGUAUGAUGAUAUGGCAGCCGCAAUGAAGGCAGUCACCGAAACGGGAGUCGAGUUAUCGAACGAAGAAAGGAACUUGUUGUCGGUAGCAUACAAGAAUGUCGUUGGCGCAAGACGUAGCUCGUGGCGAGUAAUUUCCUCCAUUGAGCAGAAAACUGAAGGUUCCGAGCGUAAACAGCAAAUGGCCAAGGAAUACCGGGAAAAGGUCGAGAAGGAGCUACGUGAAAUCUGUUACGAUGUAUUGGGACUCCUUGACAAGUACCUGAUCCCCAAGGCUAGUAAUGCCGAGAGUAAAGUAUUCUACCUCAAGAUGAAAGGCGACUACUACAGGUAUCUCGCAGAAGUUGCUACCGGAGAAACUAGAAAUGCGGUAGUCGAGGAUUCACAGAAAGCAUAUCAAGAAGCAUUUGACAUAGCAAAGUCAAAAAUGCAGCCUACACAUCCCAUCAGGCUCGGUCUUGCUCUCAACUUCUCCGUUUUUUAUUACGAGAUCAUCAACUCACCAGACAAGGCCUGCCAGCUGGCCAAACAGGCGUUCGACGAUGCGAUCGCAGAGUUGGACACACUUAAUGAGGACAGCUAUAAAGAUUCCACGCUAAUUAUGCAGCUUUUACGCGACAACCUCACUCUUUGGACCAGUGACACGCAGGGUGAUGCGGACGAAGCACAGGAGGGUGGAGAUAACUAACCUUCCUAAGCUUAAGUCCUUUCUAACCUAAUAAGAACAUCUAUUCUCUAUCGUCCCCCCGUCCCUUAAAGUGCUCACCCAUCCAUCCACCCGAGAUCGAUUUAUCCAUUCGCCUGUCCUUUCGUCCCUCGCGUACCUCGUUUCCUUCUUCCUUCUUUUCUUCUUUUCUUCUCCCCUUCACCUUUUCCCUCUCUUUUGUCAUUUUUUUCCUUUUUUUCCAUUCCGUUUAUCAAUCAUCCCAUUCUAUCUUGAAUUAUCCCCUUAUUUCUCCAUUUUAUUAUCUCAUUUCGUUCCUCUUUGUAUUUCCUUUUUUUCUUUUUUUCUUUCUUACUUCCACAUUCAUCAAAAAUGUCAUCGUCCUUUUUCGAAUCCUUAUUUCCUUAUUAUUAUUCCUCGAAAAUCGUGACGUGACCUGUUUGUUCCAAUGCGACCGCACAUUGCUGCCAAUGCCACCGCCACAGCUGUUAUGCCUGAUUCGAAAGUUCGAACACGAAAAAAUCUCACUCUCGACCGUAUCCUUUCCUAAGGGAUCGAUUCAUGUGUUGGUCGCUGAAUAUAAUACCCGUUAUUGCCACUCGUCGAAAAAAAAUUUUGAAUUUGAACAUUCAAGGAGAGUGUCAAUCUUAAAAGAGAGGAAUAGGGAGAGGGGGAUUAGAGAGAGAGUGUGUGUGUAUAUGUGUGUGUGUGUGAAAAAGAGAGAGAGGGAGAGAGAGAGAAAAGAAGUAAAAGCGAAGAGAAAAUAAUGGCGAAGGUAAAAAAAUUAGUAAAUUUAUGUGAAAUUAACUUAGGAUAUUGCAUUGCCAUACUCAUAUACGGCCCUUAAUGAAAGGAAACGGUCGAGUUGUGAGAAUUACUCAGUUUCUGGCAUUAAGUUUAUCCAAAAGAAGCGUAUUGACUCAUUUUUGUGUGGAAGAGAGAAGGAGCAAAUUGUGAAUAAACAGAGGAAAGGACAGGAAGGAUUUUUGCAAACAUUGUCUCGUCGUACAACGUCAUCGAAUAAGAUAUAUAGCGUAGAACGGUAUGAAAAAUGAUAAAGUUGUAUAUGCGUAUUAUGAGAGAUAAUAAUGUUAUCGAAGCUACUAGUCUUUGGGAAAUAUAUAGAAUACAGAAAAAUGUAUCGAUUUCGUUGUUGGGACGAGAUAUGGAGUGCAAAAAAAAAAACAGCAAAAAAAAAAAAACACUGUCACUACUCCCAGAUCUGCUCACUAUUUACCAUCUAAAGUAUUGCUAAACAAAACAGAGAUUCGAGAAGAAAUGAAGUGAAAGAAAAAAAAAAAGCACGCAUGAAUCUAAUUACAUUAUAUCCAGUUGUCAUUAAAUUAAAUUUCACAUUGUCUAGCAAGUACGAUAUUAUUAUACGAAGGGAAGAACGCAGGAGGAGAAAGGAGAGUAAAAAUACAUUAAGUUAUUAAGUUCCAACACAAAAA